AUGCUGCGCAACGGGGCGGCGGGCGGCGGGCCCGGGGGCGGCGGGGCGGCGGCGGCGCGGCCUGUGCGCGUCUGGUGCGACGGAUGCUAUGACAUGGUGCACUAUGGCCACUCGAACCAGCUGCGCCAGGCUCGGGCCAUGGGAGAUUAUCUGAUUGUCGGAGUCCACACAGAUGAGGAGAUUGCCAAGCACAAGGGCCCCCCUGUCUUUACACAGGAGGAGAGGUACAAAAUGGUGCAAGCCAUCAAGUGGGUGGAUGAGAUUGCUCCAGGAGCUCCCUAUGUCACCACACUGGAAACCCUGGACAAAUAUAACUGUGACUUCUGUGUGCACGGUGAUGACAUCACCUUAACUGUAGAUGGCAAAGAUACCUAUGAGGAGGUGAAGACAGCAGGGCGAUACAGGGAAUGCAAACGCACCCAAGGUGUGUCCACCACCGACCUGGUUGGCCGCAUGCUGCUCAUGACUAAGGCUCAUCACAGCAACAUAGAUGAGGACCUAGACUAUCGGAAGCACACUGACAACUUUGGGAAGGGGCCAAAAGGUCACAGCCCCUGGACUGGUGUGUCACAGUUCCUACAGACGUCUCAGAAGAUCAUCCAGUUUGCGUCGGGGAAGGAGCCGCAGCCGGGGGACACCAUCAUCUACGUGGCCGGAGCCUUCGACCUCUUCCACAUCGGGCACGUGGAUUUCCUGGAGAAGGUUCACCAGCUGUCAGAGAAACCCUACAUCAUCGCUGGGCUGCACUUUGAUCAGGAAGUGAAUCGCUACAAAGGGAAGAACUAUCCUAUCAUGAACAUCCACGAGAGAACACUCAGUGUCUUGGCCUGUAGGUAUGUCUCAGAAGUGGUGAUUGGAGCCCCCUAUGCUGUCACUGCAGAUCUGCUGGAUCACUUCAGGGUAACACUUGUGUGUCAUGGGAUGACUGAGGUGGUGCCAGACAAGGAUGGCUCUGAUCCAUACGAGGAGCCGAAGAGACGUGGCAUUUUCCAGCUGGUGGACAGUGGCAGCAAUCUCACCACAGAUUUAAUUGUGCAAAGAAUCAUCAAGAACAGGCUGGAGUUUGAAGCUAGGAACCAAAAGAAGGAAGCAAAAGAGCUGGCUGUGUUGGAGGCCAUGAAGAGACUGGAAGAGGAGAAGCACUAGGCCAGGACGAGUUGGUGCGUGGCUGCCAGCCGCAGCCUCGGCUCCCAAGGAGCGGACGGCUCUGGGAGAGGAGGCGCCUGACCCGACACUGCUGCUGACACAGGACCUGCUGUCCUGCCCUGCCCUCUUCUGUGCUGGCUCCUCCUGCACUAAUGAUGCAGUUGUAACGAGGUGGGGUCCUGCUGCCUAGUUCUUCCUCCGUUAAUCAGCGUUAAUCCUCCGUCCCCUUCGCAGAAGGAGAUUUGACGAAGAAGAGAACAGUUUUAAUGAUAACUAAUGUUUUAACAAGUUGAUGUGCUUUUACCUUCUGCCAUCUCUCGCUUUUAGUAGGAGGGAAAUGGAGCAGCCUCCUGGGCUCCCUGUGCCCCUCCAGGUUCAGCUGCCUGGCUGGGGUCUGUGGGGGCACUGGCUGGGCUGCGAGAACAGCCUCGCUGGGACAGGACACGGCCCCGCAGCUGCGAGCUGCCUCAGCUGCUGCCUCUGCACAAGUAUUAGACCCAAAGCUACACGGGGCUGAGCUGGAUGAAGUCUCUGUGCUGUGACUGGCACCAGCAAGUCAUUUGCUGCCCAGGUGAGGUGGCUGGUGGCUCAGAGCCUCUUGGUUCUGGGGUUUCCCAGUGGGUCAAGGAGUUCUAUGGGGCAGGUGUGGGAGCCCUGAGGUACUGCAAGAGGCUCAUCCUGGCUUGAGGCAGCAGGACCUGGAGCUGCAUGUAGACUGUGCUCAGAGCCCUGCUUGCUGCUGGCACCAGAGUCCACCUUCAGCCCAAUGGGUCUCCUGAGGGAGAGAGUCCCAGCUGCAAUUUCCUGGCUGUUUUCUGAGGCUGGUGUGCGGCAUGAGCCCCUGCAGGGAGGUGCGGGGCCUGAGGAGGACGGGCGGUGGGCUCAGCCCCUCUCUGCCUCUCACAUUCCAGGGUGCUGUGGUGGGUGUCCUGGGCUGCUCCCACACUGUGCUGGACAGUCCUUCCGUGCUAGUUCUGUUGUUCUUUGUUGUAAACUCUCGUUCCUGAUGAUUAAUAAAACGUUGAAGAGUUC